AUGCCCACAUCAUUGAUUGAAUCAAUAGAGCCAGUUAUCAUUGGAGAGGCACCUCCUUCCACCUGGGAGCACACAUCUGCUCAUCGCAUGUUUGCUGAUUGGCAUACAGACUAUGGUGGCCCGGAACAUGUGGGGACAAGUGUUGCACAGACCAGAGUCAAGAAGGGAAAGAAUAGAGCUUGUGAUCCUGAGGAUGGAGAGGCUGUCAUGUCUCCCCUGCCUAUCAUGUCUCCUCCCCCUGCUCGUCCCUUUAAGCCAACUGCGCCAAUGGCUCCCAAGGCUGCUGCACAGGAGGUCAUUGAAAUCACUUCAACUUUGGAGGGCUCAAGGGAUGUGACAGCAGAGGUGGACACUGAAUACGAAGAUGAUUCACAUGGGAAGAAAUGGAAAUUGAAGACAGGAAGUUCUUCUCAGGUGUCCAAGAAGUGUGUGUCUGCAGAGGUUGUCAUUGAACUGAAGAAGGAAGGUGUGCAUUCCAAGGCGAAGUUAUCACCAUCUGAUGCCUCUGUAUUGAAAGGGGGUCCACUGUCACCAUUAAUUGUGGGGUCGUCUUCUGUUGAUGAAGAGCACUCGUCUGGCGAUGAAGCUGCCCAGCCUGUUCAACCUGCAGCUUGCAUCCGGGACGGUCCUCCCAACGUACAGCCUAAAUCCAAGGCGCUCCCCAAACUAAAACACGUAACAAAGGCAUCCCGGGCAGCCAUGCGCCGUGUACACCAGAUGAUGUAUGUGGUCAAUUCAGAAGAGGAGGAUGCUCCAGGUCAGAAGGACUCAAAGGCAACAACAGAUGCUGGAAAAGGUGGUGUCGUGCUUGCAGACCCUCAGCCUGAGCCCGCAGCUCAGCCAGCAAACCCCACCCCAAUUGAACUGCCAGCUACUAUGGUCGCCCCAUUUUCACCACCAGAAGUUACACCCAGUGUGGCUUCACAACAUGAGGGCUCUGAGCAACCCCAACCCUCAAACAGUAUGCUCCAGACCACGUCUUCCCCUUCAACACCUGGUAAUGACAAGAAUGGAAACCCCCAAGCUCAAUCCAUGGACCGUCCAUCUUCACAUCCUGCUGGGGAGAGGCCCCUUCUGCAACCUGAGCCUCUUCACACUGAUACUCAUAUUGAGGCGGUCAACCGCUAUGCCCAUUCUCCAUUGCUUCAACACGAUGCUCCCAUCACAUGUGAGGCUCCUUCACACAUGCACGAGCUCCCCAGAUAUCCUUUACACCCUCAGGAGGGACCAUCCUACCCACACGAUGCCACUCACUAUCGUGAGGUGCACGACUCACUCUAUGAUCAGAACAGUACCAUUCACACCCAUCUCCAUCCUACUAGCAGCCUCAAUCCUCACAGCCUUCCACACACCCAUAAUGUUGAAGAAGCUCAGUAUGCUUGUGUACCUAUAGGAUACAACCAUUAUCCUUCUCGUUAUGACUCACCUGGUGAAGGUUACAAUGACCGCUAUGAUGACCACAGGCAUCCAUCAGACCUCUACUAUCAAGACAUGUGCAGUCAUGAUGGGAGGUACUAUGGAGAUACCAAUAGAUGGGCAGACCGCCGCUGA